CUCAUAACAUUUGGUUUCAUUAUCAAAAUUGAAUACAAGGGCAUUUGUAAUUUGUUUUACGUAGGACUUGAGCUUUCUGGAUUAAUAUUUUAUUGGGUUGAGAUUAUUCUGAAUAAACUACCGAGGUGUCCAAACAAAUGGGUAUUUGGGUUUUUGUGGGAUCAGGAAAUCUCAUGCAUUGUCGUGUUCAAUCUGAUUUUGCUUUCUCACGUUUAUGCCUCACUUGGAUUUUUCCGGCCCCUUUCUUCUUGGUUUCUUCCGGCAUUCUUUCUUCUUAAGAAAAUCGUGAUUACUUCAAUUUUGGGCCUGAUAAUCGAACAUUUUGAGAUUGGUUGGCUUUUUUCUUCUCAUUUUGCUUUUAGCUAAUCUGCAUUUUGGCAUUAUUUGAACGUCUGUAUUGGGAAAUUGUUCUCCAAUCCACUUUUAGAGCGCUGGGUCUAGAACGAAUUUGAAUCAACUUCCUCUCUCUCUCUGUCUCUCUUCCCCUCUUACAAAGAAAAGAAAUUCCUCUAUGAGCACUUCAUCUUCUUCUUUAUCAAUUUGUUUUCAGGGAGUAAUGAAUAUAGUGCUGCUUUAUCCAACACCCACAUGAAUGAGGAUUCAGUUUGACUUAUAUUUUUCUUGAAAAUCUCUAUUUUGUUCGUAGUUUUCCUUGUAUUCAUCUUAAUUUCUUUUUCUUUUUUUACUCACUGGAUGAAUUUUGGCCCCCUUGUUAAAGAUUCCAUACACCAUUAUUUUGGUUUUGGUUUUCUUUCUAGAUAAUACCACUUUAAUGGCCAAUUUUGGAUAAUUUUUUCGGGGGUUCAUAUAUAUCUUAUUUUCCUUUUUAUAUUGGAAUUCAGUAUUCACAUUAGGUGAUCCAAUUCAGGACAGGAUGCUUAAAAUUUGGAGCAUCGAUAAUCUUCAUCGUCUAAAGAUUAUCUGGUUGGCAGAGAGAUGGUAGCCUCAUGAAAUUCUAGAGCAAUGGCAGCAAAAGGAAAAGCAUAUUGUAAAGCUCAGAGGAAUCUACAGGGUUUUGCAGCCAUUCUAAAGUCUGCAGCUUGUGAAUGGCUUCUCAUUUUUCUAAUGCUCAUUGAUGCCUUGUUGUCACAUGUUUUGACUAAAUUUGCAUAUAUUUGCAACUUGCAAACGCCUUGCAUUUUGUGCUCCAGGCUUGAUCAUCUCUUGGGAAAAGAAAAAUCUAAUAAUUAUAGGAAUCUUCUCUGUACCAACCAUAAAUUGGAGAUAUCAUCUUUAGUUUCUUGCUACAAACAUAAUAAGCUUGUUGAUGGCAAUGAGAUGUGUGACGCUUGUAUUUAUUCAUUUGCUACAACAAAUAAUAAACUCAAGUCCAACUUCAAGUUUCAGAGGUUGUUAGUGGGAAAGUUCAGGUCAGACACUGGUGGAAAUGGAGCUCAUGGGAAGUUACUAAAUAGGCAUUCAAUUACUCAUUGUAUUAGGACAAGGCCUUGUUCUUGUUGCAGUAAGCCUUGGAAGACAAGGCCAAAUGCUCAAGGAUUACUGCAACUGAAACCUUCUGUAACUGCAACCACUAAACUCAAUAUCCCUUUGCCACGACACUUAAGUAGUCGAGAUAGCUUGAAAAAGAUGAGGGAUAAAAUUUCUGGUUCAGUUACCUUACAACAUCCAGGAAAAACUGGUUUCAAUCUGUUGUCUCGUGUAGGAUACAGUGAGCUCAAUAUCAUCUCUGAUUCUGAGUCGGAGUUUAUGCUUUUUGAAGAAGAUGACGAUAGAAGUUUAAUAUGUGAAAAAAGUGAGCUUAUAGAAGAUUCUGUUCUUCAAACUAUAACAAAAAUUCCACUCAAGCCUCAUUGCAAUAAUUGUGAUCAGGUUAAGCCAUCCAUUAAUUUUGUUGGUUCAAGGCCUUCACCUUUAGAAUCAUAUGUGCAGGUUGAUGUGCAAAAGCCCCAUAACGUGAAAUCCCUUGCUUCUGAUGCUACUACUUUUCAUGGACUGAGCGAGUUGAAUUGGCUGCCCUGGCCAGCCAAUCCGACUGCCGACCCUUCUACAUUGCCUGAACUUAUUUCACUGGAUGAUGCAUUAUCCCCUGCAUCCAACGUCUUGGGACUUCCUCACACUAAUUCAAUGGAGAAAAGCGAGCUUACAGAUUCUCUCAGCCAGGAGUCCUCUCUCUCCUGCCCACCUGAGUUUGUCACAUUACAUCAUGACCCGAAAGUUGAGGGAAACUUAAUGACAUGUGAGGAAACAAGAACAGAUAAUACAGGAAUUGUAUCUCUCAAUGAGCUUGAGGAUCAUUCAAUAUCAAGCAAAACAAUUGCAGAGUGUCCCAAAAUUGAUGAGGUGGUACACGAAUCUUCUAUUGAGUACACGAAAGAUGAUGUGGAUCACAGCAGUGUUAGUGAGUCCUCCGAGAAUGAUAAGGAAAAAGAAGUCUUCAAUUUGGCUACCGAACAAUCUUCACAAAAGGAAACUGAUAUGGUUACUAAUGAUCUUAAGCAGUUUCCAUUGAUCAGCACAUCAGUUGAAGAAUGUCCUAAAACGGAUGAGGUGGUAUGUGAAUCUUCUAUUAGGAAUGCUAAUGAUGAUAUGGAUCACAGCAAUGUUAGUGAAUCCUCCGAGAGUAAUAAGGAACAAGAAGUCUUCAAUUUUGCUACAGGACAACCUUUGGAGAAGGAAACUGAUGCAGUUAGCACAAUAAUUGAAGCAUGUCCUAAAACUGACGAGGUGGUCCACGAAUCUGCUAUUAGAAACACUAAUGAUGAUAUUGAUCACAGCAGUGGCAGCGAGUCUUCUGAGAGUCAUAAGGAACAGGAAGUGCUCAAUCUUGCUACAGAACAACUUUUGGAUAAGGAAACUGAUAUAAUUACUAAUGAUUUGAAGCAAUUUCCAUUGGUUAGCACAACAGUUGAAGAGUGUCCUAAAACUGAUGAGGUGGUAUAUGAAUCUGCUAUUAGGAAUGCUAAUGAUGAUAUGGAUCACAGCAGCAGUAGCCAGUCCUCUGAGAGUGAUAAGGAACGAGAAGUCAAUUUUGCUACAGGACAAUCUUUUGAGAAGGAAGCUGACAUAGUUACUAAUGAUCUGAAGGAGUUUCCAUUAAUCGGUGCAGCAGCUGAAGAAUGUCUUAGAACUAAUGAGGUGGUCUAUGAAUCUCCUACUAGGAACACUAAUGAUGAUAUGGAUCACAGCAGUGUUAGUGAGUCCUCUGACAGUGAUCAGGAGCAAGAAGCCUUCAAUUUUGCUUCAGGACAACCUUCAGAGAAGGAAACUAAUAUAAUUACUGAUGAUCUGAAGCAUUUUCCAUUGAUUAGCACAACAGUUGAAGAGUGUCCUGAUACUGAUGAGAAGGUCGAUGAACCUGCUAUUAAGAACAUUAAUGAUGCUAUGGAUCAUCAUAGUGUUAGCGAGUCCUCUGAGAGUGAUAAGGAACAUGGAGGCUUCAAACUUGCUAAAGGACAACCUUCGGAGAAAGAAACCGGUAUAGUUACUAAUGAUUUAAACCAGUUUCCAUUGCAGAACAAUUCUGUUGAACUUAUGAAUCAAUCAUCAUCGGAUGAUGAAGGCCAAAAUGAUAGCAUUUCUUGUGAUGAUUUGCAAGAAGGAUUUGCCUAUGAAUUCAACAUAAUUCGAGCACAUGAUCCUUCAGUCCCAAUGGAUUCUGAUGUUGAAUCAUUGGAUGGAAGCAAUGUAAGUGAAAUUGAAGGUGAAAGUAUUGUUGACAGGUUAAAGCGACAAGUUGAAUAUGAUAAGAAAUGCAUAAAUUCUUUGUAUAAAGAGUUUGAAGAAGAACGAAAAGCUUCUGAGGUUGCUGCAAGUCAAGCCAUGGCCAUGAUCACGAGGUUGCAACAGGAGAAGGCAGCAAUGCAUAUGGAGGCUCUUCACUACUUGAGAAUGAUGGAAGAGCAAGCAGAGUAUGAUGUAGAAGCUCUAGAGAAAGCAAACGAACUCAUCAAUGAAAAGGAGAGAGAAAUACAAGAUUUAGAAACAGAGCUUGAAUACUACAGAGCUACUUACAUGGGAGGUACGAUAGUUGAGAUUGAAGAGUACCGUGAAUGUAAUAGCAAUUAUUCCUUUAAAUCAGCAAUUGCAGAGGCAACAAGACGAAGCAACAGAUCUUUGAAUCAUCAAACUUCAUCUUUAGAAUUUGAAGAUGAAAAAGUCUACAUACAGCUAUGUUUGAAGAGCUUGGAGGAUAAGAUCAACAAAAUAUCUACUAAUGGAAUUUUAGCGAAGGUUCCUAAUUGCAUAGAUAUUGAAGAAGUGGUGAAUCCUAAACAAAGAGGGGAAGAGAGUAUUGAUGCUGAGGGAUCUCAAAUGACCAAGGAAGAAAAUGGUCCAUCCACGCACAUAGACAAAAACACCUUUAAUGGAACAGUUGCACCAGAAGAAGAGUUGGUUGAUCCAAAAAACAACGGUCGUUUUAGUGGUGACGAAAACUAUCCUGAUAUGAAAGGUCAAAUAAGUUGUGCAAACAAAAGAGAGGAGGUUGACUUCCUUGCUCUUGAACAUAAAAUUUCAGACCUUACUGGAAAGUUGGUAGCACUACAAGCUGAUCAUGAUUUUCUUGAGCACUCUCUUAAUUCUCUUCGUUACGGUGAGGAGGGAUUACAGUUUGCUCAAAAUAUAGUACAUCAGCUACAAGAAUUGUGUAAACUCGGGAUUAGGCUAGAUCGUCUACCUGGCUCUUAAAUUCUUCAGGCAGCAUGAUAUGGUAAAUUAUGCACACAACUUUAAGAGACCGAAUAAAUCUUAAAAUGGGAGCCAGUAAUCAGUCUGUAAUCAUUAAAACAUUGAAAGGUGCAAACCCAGAUGAGAAAAGUCAUGGUUCAUUCCUUUUGGUUGAUGCUGCAAUCCAUGGCCAUGGCCAUGGCCAUUCCAGAGAAAGUUCAGAGUAGAUGAAGAAUGGUGUAUGUUGUACAAAAUAGUACCAUCAAAUCAAACCAUGGAAGCUGAGUCUUCCCAUAUUUUUGGCUUUUGAAUUUUGUGAAGGUUAGUGUUUUUACUUGCUGAGGAGCUCGUGAUUCUUGUUUCUGUAUAUCCAUGUUUUUUGAGGUUUACCUUUCUGAAACCAAAAUAAACUGUUCUUUACCAUUGCAUUCUUUCCA